AGCUGCUCUGGUUUUGGCUUUGUAGGCAAGCAUCAGUGUAUUAAACCUAAUGUGUUCAGCUCCAGGAGCCAGUGAAGGAGUGCAGCAGUGUGGUGAUGUGGAGAACUUAGGCAGGUUUAAAACAAGUCACACAGCUGCUUUUUGUUCACUGAUGGAGAGUUGAAUAUAAAGUGAGAAAGAGAGAAAUAUUAUGUAUGCUUGUAAUCACGUGAUGUUAAAGACAAAGUACAUUCGAUGUAAAGAUCAGGCUGAGGCUCCAGCAAGACUAGCUAUGACAUCAUAAAAGCCAGAAGUUAACACAGACAUGAGGACUUCCUGAGACAUAAAGCGUCCAAACACAUGAACAUGUGAGAGUGGGGGUGACAGAACUAUGCUGCAAGGUCCUGACUGACAGCAUCUGUACACAAUGGCCAGUGAAAAUCCUGAUACAAAUGCAGCACUACAAGCCUCAGGAGAGUCCACUUUAAAAAAAGCAACCAAAAAAGCACAAAAACAAAUCGAUCAAUUAUUUAACGUCUCACUUCACAUUGCUGUAACUGGAGAAUCAGGAACAGGAAAGUCAUCUUUUAUCAAUGCAAUCAGAGAGCUGGACAGUGAUGAUGAAGGUGCAGCUAAAACUGGUGUAACUGAAACCACAACUGACCCAACACCUUACGAACAUCCCACAAUGCCCAAUGUGACACUUUGGGACCUGCCCGGAAUUGGAACCCCAAAGUUUAAGGCUCGGACAUACCUUAAAAAAAUGCAGUUCAAUAGGUACGAUUUCUUUAUCAUCAUCUCAUCUGAAAGAUUCAAAGAGAAUGACAUCAUGUUGGCCAAAGAGAUCAAAAGAAGAAAAAAGCUCUUUUACUUUGUGAGAUCUAAGAUAGACAAUGAUAUUCGAGCAGAAGAAACAAAAAAGAGCUUUAACAAAGAAGAAACACUCUCACAAAUCAAAAGAAACUGCCUGGAAAACCUGGAGGGAAUUGAAAAUCCAAAGGUUUUCCUUAUAUCCUCAGAGGAUAUUAAAGCAUUUGAUUAUGAAAAGCUUGUUGAAACUCUGAUGUUAGAUCUCCCACAGCAUAAACAAUACGCUCUACUGCAGUCGGUGCCCAUCACCUCUGUGGCUAUGCUACAGAAAAAAGUGAAGAUGUUUGAGAAAGCAGCAUGGGCUGCAGCCCUCUGCUCUGGGGUCAUUGCAGUAGCUCCAGUUCCUGGUCUCUCAGUGGUUUGUGAUGCCAGUAUUUUAGUGGCUUUCUUUACAAAGUGCUUCUACUCAUUUGGCCUUGAUGAUAAAUCACUUAAAAAACUCUCAGAACGAAUCAACAAGCCACAACUGGAAUCUUUCAUCAAAUCUCCUCUUGUUGUGGCUUUGACAGCAAAAUCCACUGCAAGACUGUCAGUGUCUGCUGUAGCUGGCGGAGCAGUGUUGGAGUAUCUGUGCAGCUUGGUGCCUGGUGUAGGAAAUGCUGCAGCUGCUGGGAUAUCUUUCGUUUGUACAUUAACACUUUUGAAGAAUGGAUUGAAAGAGCUUGAAAAUGCAGCACUGAUGGUGCUGAAAGAGGCGGGAUUACAGUGACAAAAAAGCACCGACAUGGAAGAGAAAAAAGGACUAUAAUGAGCUCAAAAUAUGGUGAUGCUCAUAUUUAUAAAUUGCUUAAAAGCUCCUGGUUAUACCAUGACUAUAUAAAGCUGCAGAAAGGACAUUAUUUAUAAUCCCACUCUUAGUGUUUAUAAUGAUUUAUAAUCCCACUCUCAGUGUUUAUAAUGAUUUAUAAUCCCAAUCUCAGUGUUUAUAAUGAUUUAUAAUCCCACUCUUAGUGUUUAUAAUGAUUUAUAAUCCCACUCUCAGUGUUUAUAAUGAUUUAUAAUCCCACUCUCAGUGUUUAUAAUGAUUUAUAAUCCCAAUCUCAGUGUUUAUAAUGAUUUAUAAUCCCACUCUCAGUGUUUAUAAUGAUUUAUAAUCCCAAUCUCAGUGUUUAUAAUGAUUUAUAAUCCCACUCUUAGUGUUUAUAAUGAUUUAUAAUCCCACUCUCAGUGUUUAUAAUGAUUUAUAAUCCCCUCUUAGUGUUUAUAAUGAUUUAUAAUCCCACUCUCAGUGUUUAUAAUGAUUUAUAAUCCCACUCUCAGUGUUUAUAAUGAUUUAUAAUCCCACUCUCAGUGUUUAUAAUGAUUUAUAAUCCCACUCUUAGUGUUUAUAAUGAUUUAUAAUCCCACUCUUAGUGUUUAUAAUGAUUUAUAAUCCCACUCUCAGUGUUUAUAAUGAUUUAUAAUCCCUCUUAGUGUUUAUAAUGAUUUAGAAUUAGUGAUUUGCAAAUAAUUAUAGAUCUCUAAAGAAGUUGUAGCUAAAUUAUCCAAAAAAGCACCUUUUUAUAGUUUCAGAUAACAAAUCAGUUUAAUGAAGAAGCUUCCCUGUACAGUUUAUUCUCCUUUAGUUUACUAGCAGAUCCUUAGAGGAACCUAACCAAGUUUGUUGUGAUACUGAGAACCUCUGUCUUUUAGCUCUGUGACUAAUUUAAUAAUAGAUCAUACAAUGAUUGCUUGUUAUGUGGCAGCCAUGUGGUUUAUAAAUCUCAUCGUUUUGAUCA